AUGUGCUACGUGGAAGACGUGGUGAUAGCGAGGCCUACAAUGGAAGACGAUGUGUUUCCAUGCAUGAAAAGGUCAGGACUAAAGUGCAAACAGUCAAAGUGCGAGUUACUCAAAGACUCAAUCAAAUACUUGGGGAGGAUGGUGGAUAGGCAUGGCAUCAGAUCAGACCCAGAUGCAGUGGAAGCGGUUCUGACUUGGAAAUCGCCAAAGACGGAACAUCAAUUGAUGAGCUUUCUGGGUUUCGCGAACUAUUACAGGGAGUUCAUCAAGGGCUACGCGGACAAGGUACACCCGAUGAAACAACUAAUGAGGUACAAAGGCAAGAAGUUCACGUGGAACAACGCGGCGGAAGAGUCAUUCCAGAGAAUAAAGAAAGAGUUGUGCGAGGCACGGAUCAGAGGAAAGGGUAAGGAGGAACCGGAAUUCACGAUUUUGAGAAGGAAUGAAACUGGUAGUGUCGAGGACUCCUUAAACGGAAAAUCGGACGGGAAAGAUGUCGUGCAGUCAUUGGUUGAUAAAAUCCGUGAUGACAUACUUGAGCGGACUCGGGUUAGGAAGAAGAAAGUGGCAUUUAAGGAGGAGGCUGAACACCUUGGACUAGACCAAGAGUCCGGGGAGUGGCCCACAGUGGAAGAAGAUGCUGAAGAAGAAAAAUUGUCCGGGGAGUGCGAAGAGUGGGAUGAAGAUUCGGAGAAGAGCAGCGAUGACCAAGAUAGUCUAUGCAUGAUACUGGCGGAAGAGAAGAUGAGACACCGCGACAGGGAUCUACAGACGGAUCCUUCCUCAGGAACGUACAACUUGGAUCAGCAGGAAGUGCGAGGAGGUGAAGAGCUUGAGAAAAUUGCAGUGUGGAGGAAAUUAUUCAGGGAGCUAUCGUGCAACUCAAAUGUCAGAACAAAUCUGGUGCCAGAAGAUGACAGGAAGAUCAUAAGGAGGAUAGUAUGCGUAAAGCUGAAGGACGACAUCCACAACCCUGGAGAAAUGAAUCGUCAGAUAAUGGCACUAAAAGAGCACGUCAAGGCAAGAUAUAGGCUGUCGAAUCUAUUACGGGCCCAAAAGAAUGACAAGAUGACAAGUAACCUCUCCACAUGGAUCCGGAAGGGGUCCAAAGAGAAGGGGGACCUAGAAGAAGACAGCUACAAGAUCUUAAGCCAGUUUUACAAAGACAGAAAGACCUACUCUAUCACACAGCUGAUGGGAAGAUCGCAUGAUCAAAUGGGGCACCAGGGGAUAGACGAGGUGCAAAAAAGAAUACUUCAUAGGUUUGACUGGCCAGGAUUAAGGAAAGCCUGUGAGAGAUCGGUGAAUAUAUGCCUGGCAUGCCUGCAAGUGAAAGACCCAAAGAAGAUAAAGUUCCCACUCAAGUCCGUUGAAAGCUCGGAAUUUAACGAAGUUGUGCAGAUAGACCAUCAGAAUAUCUGCAUGACAGAAUCGGGAUAUAACCAGAUAUUGGUCAUAAUAGAUCAUUUCACGAAAUUGGCAGAAGCGGUAGAAGAGACGUGUGACCACCUGAUAACACAUUGGAUAUCACGGUAUGGGUGUCCCAUGACAUUUCAGUCGGACAACUGCAAGGCCUUCGUUGUGGACCUGACAAAUAAUUGA